AUUUUCAAGUAUUUUUAGAGUUAUUUAUAUUACUUUAUUCAAACAAAAUCUUAAGAACUGUUAAACUCGAUUUUCAAUUUGAUUAUGAUAUUUGUCUACAAGUACUAACGAGCAAUGAAUGAAUCCAGGUGUUUUUUGUUUUUCUUUUGUACUGCAGAUCAUCAAUUUCAAAAUCAGAACCUACUAAAGUGAAAGAGCUAAAAUAUGAUAAACAACUUCAUCUCUUAAGACAGAUUUGGCAGGACUAAUUGUGUGAAUGCAUGUUCCGAUAACAAUUAAAUCCCAGAGAUUUAAUCAUUGAUUUGAGAGUCAGGAGACGCUGAAGGGAAAAACACCAUUAGUGUGGCUGAUGAUGGGAUCAGUAAAUUACGUGGCUCAAAAGAUGAGUUUAUUCAUCUUUUAGAUAAAAUACUAGUUCGAGCGAGAAACUUGAGUUUCUUUUUUGUUUUUGCUUUGAGAAAAAGGUCUGAGUGUAUUGCUGGUACUAGUACUUUGUCUUAUAGUUGAAUUUGGUUAUAUUGAUCGGGAGAAUGCCUAUUCCCAGGAAAUGACGUCUACCAAAUUUUCUCGUCUACUAAAAUGAAAUCUGAGUACCAAAUUAGUGUGUAAGUCAGGAGAUGCUGAAGGGAUAGAACAACAUUAGUGUGGGUGAAGAUGGGAUCAGUAAAUUGCGUGACUGAACGAUGAGUUUGUUCGUCUUUUAGAUAAAACACUAGUACAAGCGAGAAACUAGAGCUUCUUUUUUUCGCUUCGAGCAAAAAAGGUCUUAGUGUAUUGCUGGUACUAGUAUUUUAUCUUGAAGUUAAAUUUAAUUAUCCUGGUGGGAGAGUGCCCGCUCACUGGAAAUGACAGCUACGAAAUCUUCUUGUCUACUAAAAUGAAAUACGCAUACCAUAUUAAUAUUUAAGGAUAGGUUACUGAGGAUUGCAAAAGAUAUAAUAAGAUGUUUUAUUGAUUUCCGCUAAAAUGCUUUGUGGAAUUUUGUUCAUUUGGACUUGGCCAGUUUAUAUAGUGGAAUCUGACAUUUUAAGGCAAUUCACUAACACAAUUUUCUGUGGUCUGAAUAGAUAUAGCAUUAUCUGCCGUGCCAGUUUUUAUUCCACAAAGCAUUUGAACCUAGUCUGUUCAUAUAGUGGAAUAUGAAAUUAUAAGGCAUUUCAAUAACAAUUUUGUGUGACCUGAAUAAAUAUAGCAUUGUAUGCUGUGCUAGUUCUUAUUUUGGAGAUGCAGUAGGUCGAAGCGGCUGAACAGAAGGAUGUGCUGGAGCCUCAAUUAAUGAAGUUCAAGCUCUAAAUAGUCUUUGGAGCGAGGUUUCAGCACAGGAUUGCCAGCUUCACGAAAGUUCUGGUUGCUAAAAUCUGCACCACCACCCAGAUCCAAAUGAAUGAUCAAUUGAGGCCAGCAUCAUAGACAACAAGCUGUGUUCAUUCCAUUGACAGACUCUGCUCCACAGAUCGUUGAAUCAAGGCUUUGAAAAUUCAGAAGCAACUCAUGGAUUAUCAGGGGAAAGAUAGGAUCAGCAGUUUGCCAGACUCCCUUCUUCAUCACAUACUCUCUUCCCUCAAAAUUAAGCCCAUUGUGCGUACCAGUCUUUUAUCUAAAAGAUGGAGACAGGAAGAAACAGAGUAUUGUGCAGCUGUGACUAAGUUCCUUCGACAGAUUGUCAAUGUAAAACACUUGAAAAUCUCUGGCAAUAGCCUUGAGGUUCUUUCUUUUGCAGAAGAUCUCUUAACCGAUCUGCUAACAUUUUACAACUUGAUCCAGUUGGAGGUGCUUUCGGUAGUUAAAUAUUAUGCUCAUAAAACUUUAUUCCCUCUGAUUCAAAUGGCACCUAAUUUGGAGUCAGUUGUAUUUUGUAAGGUCUUUUCACCAUAUCUGCAUGAUGAUGGUGAUGGUUGGCUGCUGGAUAUGGACACGGUGAGUGAGUCUUUAUUUCGAAACAUCAAAUUUGUCCAAUUCAAGGAAUUUUUCGGGACCCCGGGGGAGAUGAAGCUGGCUAGGGUAAUUUUGAACAAUGCCAGUGCUUUGCAGAUGAUGACGAUUACUUGUACAUUAUCAAGGGAUCUCAGUAGCAAAGUAGUUGUUAUGGAGGAGUUAUUAAGGUUCCCUAGGGGGUCACCAAGUUGUGUAAUUGAAUUUUCUUAAAACCUUCAUCUCGCGUGAUUGAAAGACUUUAGGGUUAUGUUUUACAUGCAGUUUCUCUUGCACAUUUUCUGUAGAAGGCUUCUUGUUCUGAAAAUUCUCAACUUACCUACAGAAAAGGAAAUUGAUUGAAGUUUU